AUGGCGUCAGAGGAUGAAAUAAAAGUUAACGAUGGAAAUGAAACAAAUGAAACAGACAACAAAGAUGCAGAAGAAAUUCUGUUGCCAACUUCGAAAAGGUCCAGAGGAAUAACUAAGGACCCGAAUUUCGCUGUUGUUUGUUCGUUUAUAAAGAUAUUUGGGCCAUUGUUGCACUUUAAAGAACUUUCUAUUGAAACAUUGCAACAGUUCUUUGAUAGUCCGACACAAGAUAAUCAGGAAGAUAUUCAGGCUCUUUUUAUAAAAUUAUUAAGAAGAGCUGGAUGGAGAGUAGUCCCUGAAAAGUGGGAAAAAGGCCUACUCAAGUUUGUUAAAGAAUUUCAUGAAACGAUUGCCUGGGACUUGGAGCAGUUUGGGUUCAGAGAACUUUCUGGUGAAGCUAAAUUGGCAAUACUAAAAGAUUUAUUGGAGUCUCAGUUUGAUAAUAAUGAUAAAUUCAAGAGUGCAGUAAACUGUGAGCUAAGUCAAGUUGAUCUGAGACCUCAGCCAGUGGGCAGUGACAUUGAUGGCCUAAUUUAUUGGUUUCAUGAGGAUGAACUCCUACAAAUAAGAUUAUAUUCAACUGAGGAAGAUGAACUGGAUUGUGAAGCAUGGAAGGUCCUGGCAUGUGAAGUGGAAGAGAUCGUGAAUGUUGUGGAAUUUCUUGAAAAAAAAGCAGAAAACAACCCUAAAGACGUUGCCCAAGAAAAGAAAAAUGAAAGACGUGCCCAACGUGCUUCUCAAGUUACAAAAGCAAAGAAAAAGAAAGGUAGAAAGUCGAAAAAACAAGCAGAAAGCAAUGAAUCAGCAGCAAGCGAUGAGAGUGAUAUAGAUGAUGACAAUCCUUGUGCAAGAUGUUAUUCCAGUGUUCAUCCAGAGAUGAUCUUGCUUUGCGACAAAUGUGACGCUGCUUAUCAUACAGCAUGUUUGAGACCUCCAAUCAUGAGCAUACCAGCUGGUGAUUGGUUUUGUCCAUUUUGUAACACGCUGUUGUUGAUUGAGACACUUAAGAAGAUCUACUCCAGGAUAUCCACUCGUAUAAAAGCUCGCAGCAGAGCAGCUAACAGAAAAAACCCAUGUGGCAUAAAUCUGUCCAACAUUCGACAGUCGGGAAGAGUGAGAAAAACGGUCGACUACACAUUCUCCGAAUUUGAUCAGGAAAUCAUGGAGGCCGUAGAUAGAGAUGGGAAAAAGAAACAAGAUGUAGCAAGCUCAGUUGUUGCUAUACGUGGCAGCAGACAAUCAAAACGACGUCGAAUGCUUUACAACGACAGCGAUUCCGAUUCUAAUUACGAUCCUGGCAGUCCUAUAGUUGAACACGAAAUCCCAAAGCAUCCCCAAAGACACGUCUACUUAAGACGUCAUGAAAAUGGCGUUGAAACUGGUAAUAAAGAUGAUGUGAAAUUAGACCAACAAGAGGUGCUAAUGAAAGAGGAUCCUGAUGCCUUGCAAACAGAUGAUGUUGAAUAUGACAACGUAGCUGUUGAGCAAAGCAAGUCGAUUGAUGCAAGAUUUGAUGCAAGUUCUGAUGCAAGUUCUGAUGCAGUUGGUGCAAAUAUUAAUCAGAAUGGUGACGCUAAUUCGAAUGAAGAUAUUGAUAAUAUAAGUGAAUUAACCCAUAGCUUAGUGGAUGGCCAAGAAUCCGUAAAUACACUUGAUUACCAAUGCAGUGUGUCUUUGAACGAACCGAAAAAUGCUGUAAUAUCAUCAACUAACAACACCCAAUAUCAGACGCCCGCUGAAACUGUUGUUGAUGUCGGUACAAUCGUAAACGGCAAAGAAUGUACGACUGCUGAGCCAAAUUGUAACAUAAUAUUAAACAGCCCAGACAUUAAUUUAAUUGCAGAGGGGAAUAAGCAACUAGACGAAAGUCAGAAAAAUCUAGACCAGCUUUAUGGAUCUAUUGCAUGACAUGAUACAUCUACAAUAUUGUUUUUUACUUAUAUCUUUAAUAAUGGGAUAUACAUUUUAUUCGCAGAACGUUACGUAUACUUCAUGUACAAAUUCAUACACGUUUCAUAAAUAUAUUAUUGCUCUAUUA